AUGUUUGUUAAGGUGAACCUCUACCCCAUAAGUGGUAUUAAAGGCCAUUACAUCAAAGGUAAAAAACCUGGAAUUGUUGGUUUGACGAAGCGAGAUCUUUCUAGUAGUAGUGGUGAUUCUAUUGAUAAUUUUCCUGUAAUUUUAAAUGUAAAGUUUUGUGAUUUACCAGUUGUGAAUAUUCCUGCUUGCGAAUCAAGUCAAUUAAAACUGUUUGUUCUUACCUACCUGGAAAUCCUGCCAUUGAAUUCAUGCGAGGUACUGUUGGAUUCUUCACUGGAUUCAAUCAUCACCAUCAAAAAAAUGUUCACUCAUUUUAGUCAUGUUCUCAUGGCUGAUGAUACUACUCGUUGGUUAUCAGAACGAUCUACCAAUGGCGUUGUGUUGGGCAAAAUGGAUGGUUGGAUUGAAUCCCACGAGCAAGAAGUCGAUCAUUGGGAUGGGCUAGAAAUAUCAUUUUCUAAAAUACUUGAAUUCACAAGAAAUGAAAGCAGCAUGGAUUAUAACUUUGUAGGCAAGAAUUGUAAACAUUUUUGCUACGAUUUUCGCCGAAAUGUGCUUGGGAAAGUUGAAGACUUUGGAACUUACUGCCAGUUUAUCGAAAGUAAAAUGAAUUCAUAA